AGCGUUACCGGCGACCGCCAUGACAGAGCCUCGGCGCCGUCGCUCGGAGCCCGUCGGCUCUCUCCGGAAACUGCCGGCGAUGUUCGGCUCGCUCCGCCGUCCCCAACUGCUCCUGCCCCUGUGUGCCUCUGUGUCUUUGCUGGGUGGCCUGACCUUCGGUUAUGAACUGGCAGUCGUAUCAGGUGCCCUGCUGCCCCUGCAGCUUGACUUCGGGCUUUCCUGCUUGGAGCAGGAGCUCCUGGUGGGCAGCCUGCUCCUGGGGGCUCUCCUUGCCUCCCUGGUGGGGGGCGUCCUCAUCGACCAGUAUGGCAGGAGACAAGCCAUCCUCGGCAGCAAUGUGGUGCUUCUGGCAGGCAGCCUGAGCCUCGGCCUGGCUGGCUCCCUGGCCUGGCUUGUCCUGGGCCGCUUGAUGGCUGGCUUUGCCAUCUCCCUCUCCUCCAUGGCCUGCUGUAUUUAUGUGUCAGAGCUGGUGGGGCCCCGGCAGCGGGGAGUGCUGGUGUCCCUCUAUGAGGCUGGCAUCACCCUGGGCAUCCUGCUCUCCUAUGCACUCAACUACGCAUUGGCUGGUUCCCCGGGGGGAUGGCGGCAUAUGCUCGGCUGGGCCGCCGCACCUGCUCUUCUGCAGUCCCUCAGCCUCUUUUGUCUCCCUGCUGGGACCACUGAGGCUGCAGCCCACAAGGACCUCAUUCCUCUCCAGGGAGGUGAGGCCACCAAGCUGGGGAGGCCAAGAUACUCCCUUCUGGACCUCUUCAGGGCCCGGGAUAACAUGCGAGGCCGGACCAUGGUGGGGCUGGGGCUGGUGAUUUUCCAGCAACUAACGGGGCAGCCCAACGUGCUGUGCUAUGCUUCUACCAUAUUCCACUCAGUCGGCUUCCGUGGGGGCUCCUCAGCUGUGCUGGCCUCUGUGGGACUCGGCGCCGUGAAGGUGGUGUCCACCCUGACGGCCCUGGGGCUGGUGGAGCGAGCGGGCCGCAGGGCCCUGUUACUGGCUGGCUGUGCCCUCAUGGCCCUGUCGGUCAGCGGCAUCGGGCUCGUCAGCUUCGCCGCGCCCAUGGACUCCGGCCCAAGUUGCCUGGCCCUGCCCAACGCCAGCAGGCCGGCAGGCCUCCCUGGAGACUCGAGCCUGCCAGGGGCCGUCGUAAGUCCACUUCCACUGCCAGCGACCAGUGAGAACCAAGGGAAGCCAGUCCCCCCAACCUCUACGAAAAUCAAGCCUCAUCCCAGAGCUGGGAACCGCACAGCCCCUCCCCUGCCGGCCUUAGGCGCUGCCGCCCCUGCGCCCCGUUCUGCCCCCGAGCUCGCCCUGCUGCACUGGACCGCGCUGGUCUGCAUGAUGGUCUUUGUGAGCGCCUUCUCCUUUGGGUUUGGACCAGGUAGGUGGGAGUUCUCUGGCAGGAAACUCAGCAACCUCUACCCCACCCAGCGGAAAGGGUGGGGACCCUGUCAGUCAGGGUCUCAGAAGGACACUAGAGGGGGCCUGACCGCAAAGCCAAUGAAGCUUACGCUUUACGGCUCCUUGCCCACUUGCGGGCACUCCUUCCAAGGGCCUAAUUUUCUGUUUGUAGUUUUUUUUCUUAUAAAGGGCCCCAAAUUAUUUAAGCUUCUGGCCUCUUAAACUUGAAUUUGCCCCUGGAUAGGUCACUCAAAGGGUUUACUUGAGGGCGCCUGGGUGGCUCAGUCGUU